AUGACGGGGGUGUUUGUGGUGGGCGACUCUGUGCCCCCCGGCUCUGUGGCCCCCGGCUCUGUGCCCUCCGGCUCUGUGGCCCCCGGCUCUGUGCCCUCCGGCUCUGCGCCCUCCGGCUUCAUGCCCCCUAAACAGAAAAUAAAGGACACGUACCUGCCGUACACGCUGCUGGGUGUAGCGCUGAUCGGAGUGGUUGUGGAGGCGGUGCUCAUCUACGUCCUGUACCAGCGCACUUCCCAAACACAGGUUUCUCCAGAUACCAGAACGUCACCUACCAUGGAACGUCUUAAAGGGGAUCAUCCUGACUCUAAUGAGAUCCCUCCACUGCCGAAGAUGCCCGACAAACCGGCCGCCUAUCUGCAUGGUAAAUCCCCGCAGGUGGAUGCUCACGGUGUGAUGCAGUGGCAGUCGAGCGGCCAGUUUGCAUUCGCCCACGGCGUCACGUACCGCGACGGCGGUCUGGAGCUUCACACCGAGGGAUUCUACUACAUCUUCUCCAAGGUCUACUUCAGCGACAAGUGUUCCAUCUUCAGCCACAAGGUCUUCUGGGUCUCGAAGCGCUACAAUCUGCAACCUCACGAACUCAUGCAAAGCAUCAGCCUCAGCUGCCCCCAGCAGACCAGGGGCCGCGACGGGGGUCAGAGGAGGCAGACGAACCAGUCGGAGCCCGAGGAACAGGAGAACCUGGGUAACAGCUUUCUGGGCGGAGUGUUCCGGCUGUACAGGGGCGACCGGGUGUUCGUGAACGUCAGCGAUAGCAGCCUGGUACGUCAGGGGGUGCAGGACAACUUCUUCGGCGUCUUCAUGAUUUAGUUCAUACAGACUCGCACUGCUGGACCACAUCUGGACGUUUCUGCUAUUAUUAUUAUUGUUAU